AUUAUUUCUAGGGUUCAUGAUCGCGUCGCGGGCGCUAGCUGGACGAUCCACGAUUGGAUUGGAGAGGCGCAUUGGAGUAUUGGAUUGGAGGUAUGCCGCGCUUCUCCUUUUCAGCAGAGGAUUCCAGGAGAGAUCCAAGCGACCGAAGAUUGGGGCAGGGAUUCCCGUGAAGCCGCCAUUGGCACCAAAGAAGCCGCUGGACGAUUGGGACAUCGAGAGUGAUCCCGAGGGGGAUUUUGAGCCGACUAGGAAAUGCAAAUCGCUGCUCAAGAAGAGGGGACGUUGGUCUUUGCAUAUGGCCAAAAUUCUUGCUACAUUCUCCUCAACGAGCCUCAACAAUGCUAUCAAAUGGGGAUGCUUACCGGACGAAUGCUAUGAUGCUGUUAAGACGCUACAGAAGAUGGAAGCCACUGGAGUUUUGGUUGGAAAGCGAAGGCUCUAUAACUACUUGGCGGGUUUGCUUCACAAUGCCAGCCCUUCUGUGGUGGAGUAUGUUUUGCAUAGUCUGCAACGCGAAGAGCCUGCCAUCAAGAGAAUUGGAGGAAUUAGAGACAAUGAGAUGGAAGAGUAUACCAUGAGCUUGUCUGACAAAUGGUUUGAUGGCCUCAUGUCCGGAAACUUGAACAUCCACAAUGACAUCCAUUGUUUACCAUACGAGAUGUUUGACAGAGAAGAGCUCCGGUGGCUUAUAAAGAACCUCAAGGGAAGGAUUUACAUGAGAGACAAGCUUCCAAUGAAGGAUCCGCUGUGGGAGCAUCGAUCAACGAAAUGCGUCCGUGCUGAGAACCGCUUGAGACGUUUCUUACAAGAUCUAGCCCGGAGAGAUUACAGUGGUAAAGCUUACGACAAGGCACAAAAGGAGGAGGCAAAAACCGGUGUAUGCAGACCAUUUGUUCUCAACUGGAAGUAGCACGAUGGUUAAAAUGAGGAUUUAUCUGGUUACCUUUCAGCAAUGGAUGGAUCAUUCCCAUCGUCCGAGAGAGGAGGUACUCCUCAGGAUUGAAGCGAGCGUCAAGGUGGAAAUAGCUGCCAUCAGGAAGAACAGAACCACAGGAUCCCCAUUUGCAACAAUCGCUUCUUGAGGUGUGUGUUCCACUGGUUUUUAAUCUCGUUGUCAGUUCGUCCAGGAAUGUGCGAUGCGAUCACGGACCACUUGAAAGUGAAACACGCAAGAACGUAGAGAACGCAAGAAUUUAGAGGUAAAACUCUACAAACUGUUACCGGUUUCGCAGGAUUGAAUGCAGCCAGAUGUUGGGAAGCUCGUCUUGGGCUGUGAUCCCGCCUCGUUUUAUAUCCGGCCGGAGAUAGUUUGUCCAUCGCAGCCUGCACCGCAACGAUUGAGUCCUGCUCGCAAGAUCCAGGAGAAACAAGAUGUGAGAAAUCGAUUCACCCGGUUUCUCCGGUAGCGAUUCUCGUGACCGUGUUUCCGAAUGUAAGCGAGUGAGUCCCUCUUUGCUCCGGCGAGGAGGCCUCCCCAUUGCAAAGCAAGGAGAAGUAAAGAGAGAGUUCUAUAGACAUUGUGAUUGUCUA